AUGACCCCUGUAACGGCUCCAGCUGAUACCCAACGCACAGCUUAUCUGAAAGGCGAGCCCAAAGCACUGGGCACUGUGCAGAUAAUGAUCGCAAUCAUAACUUUGCUGUUCAGUAUUUGUUUAGACUUCUUCAAUAGCUGGUUUUAUUGCUCUGCGUUGUAUCGCUCUUUCAUAAUAUCUGGUGCUCUGUCAGUCGCUUCAGUGAACCAACAAAAUCCCUGCGUGAUAAAAGCCACGCUGGGAAUGAAUGUGUUUAGCACUGUGGUUGCAGGCUUAGAUAUUAUUCUGUAUUCAUUUCAUGGAUUCUCUGUAGUGUUGCUGUUUUUCGCUCUGCUCAAGUUCAUCAUUUCUAUCUGCACUUCUGUCUUCGCCUGUAAAGCCACCAGCUGCUCUGCAACUAAAGAUUUCCCCGCAUCGGCUCUGGGAGCUCGUUUUGCAAUUUCUCCCGAACCAAACAAGGAAUUAUUGUCUUCAUCUGAUUCUGAGGAGCUCAAUGUGGGCAAUGAUGAGCGGUAUUCCAUGUUCACUUGCUUGUAUAUCCAGCCAAGCGCUUGUGCCGCAUAG